CGCUGCCAGCGGCAGUGGCGCAUGCGCGGUUGAAGCUGGCCGAGGCCUUAGAGGUCCGAAGCUUGUUUGCGGCCCCGGCUUCCUCUCCUUGAGGCAGUUUUGCCCCCUGGGAGGGCGGGAAGAUGAGUAGCUCUGAAGAGGUUUCCUGGAUUUCCUGGUUCUGUGGCUUGCGUGGCAAUGAGUUCUUCUGCGAGGUGGAUGAGGACUACAUCCAAGACAAGUUCAACUUAACUGGUCUCAAUGAGCAAGUUCCCCACUAUCGUCAAGCUUUGGAUAUGAUUCUUGACUUGGAACCUGAUGAAGAGCUUGAGGACAAUCCCAAUCAGAGUGACUUGAUUGAGCAGGCAGCUGAAAUGCUCUAUGGGCUCAUCCAUGCCCGCUAUAUUCUCACAAACCGUGGCAUUGCGCAAAUGCUUGAAAAAUACCAGCAAGGAGAUUUUGGCUACUGUCCCCGGGUUUAUUGUGAGAACCAGCCCAUGCUGCCCAUUGGCUUAUCUGAUAUCCCAGGUGAAGCUAUGGUCAAACUGUACUGCCCUAAGUGCAUGGAUGUCUAUACCCCCAAGUCUUCCCGCCACCAUCAUACAGAUGGGGCCUAUUUUGGGACUGGCUUCCCUCACAUGUUGUUCAUGGUGCACCCCGAGUAUCGGCCGAAGCGGCCAGCCAACCAGUUUGUGCCCAGACUCUAUGGAUUCAAGAUCCACCCUAUGGCUUACCAGCUGCAGCUUCAGGCCGCCAGCAAUUUUAAGAGCCCAGUCAAAACUAUCCGUUGAUCUUCUCCAUCCAGUUGCCCAGAGUCCUGCUGUGAUAAUCCCCCCUUUAAUCCAGUCAGGGCUGCUUAUACUUUGAUUUUGGGUGAUGUCCACGGUGGACUGUUUUUGUCGCCCUCCAGCCUGAUUUUUAGUCUCAUUUCUGGUGUGUGAUUUAAAUUAAUAAUCAACUAUUUCUGUUAUUUCCCCAAAACACAGACUGUGACACACAAAUACAGUAACCAACUCGAUUGUCA